AUGGCAUACCUAGACACCCAGCAAGUGAAGCAACACGUCCAGGUCGCCCCAGCCAGAGAGCUGAGCGACUCUCAAGUGCUUUCCUGUUUCUCCAAGCCAUUUGGGGAUGAGGUAGAGGAAGGUGAAGACAAGCUGUUUGGAGACCUCAAGCGAGGUGUUUGGGGAGUGAUGAAGGUGCUGCUGGGGAUGCCCACAUCUCGCACAUCGGAGUGCCUGAGUGCAUCCACUGGCGCAGCCGCCCCUCCGUGCUCGGCUCCACCCCCGAGCCGGCCCGCGGGCCCUUUCGUGGCGCGGCGGAAGGGGCGGCCGGGAGGCGCGGCGUCCAAUGGGCAGCGCGGGCGUCACUUCCCGGUGGGGGCUGGACGGGGCGGUGUUUUCGGGGGGCGGCGUGGAGGCGGCGGCGGCGGGCUGGGACCCACGCGGCGCCGUGGCCCGCCUGGCCUGCAGCGUUCCCGGCUUGGCGGCGACGGCGGCGGCGGCUGCGGCGGCACGAUGCCCUUUGAUUUCAGGAGGUUUGACAUCUACAGGAAGGUACCCAAAGACCUCACGCAGCCAACGUACACCGGGGCCAUCAUUUCCAUCUGUUGCUGCCUCUUCAUCCUCUUCCUCUUCCUCUCGGAGCUUACCGGUUUCAUCACGACAGAAGUUGUGAACGAGCUGUACGUCGAUGACCCAGACAAGGACAGUGGGGGAAAAAUUGACGUCAGCCUGAACAUCAGUUUGCCCAAUUUGCAUUGUGAACUGGUCGGGCUCGACAUCCAGGAUGAGAUGGGCAGGCACGAGGUGGGCCACAUUGACAACUCCAUGAAGAUCCCUCUGAACAAUGGAGCAGGCUGCCGCUUCGAGGGCCAGUUCAGCAUCAACAAGGUCCCUGGCAAUUUCCAUGUGUCCACACACAGUGCCACGGCCCAACCACAGAACCCGGAUAUGACGCAUGUCAUCCACAAGCUCUCCUUUGGGGACACACUACAGGUCCAGAAUGUCCACGGAGCCUUCAAUGCUUUGGGCGGUGCAGACAGGCUCAGCUCUAACCCCCUGGCCUCCCACGACUACAUCCUGAAGAUCGUGCCCACCGUGUACGAGGACAAGAGCGGCAAGCAGCGGUACUCCUACCAGUACACAGUGGCCAACAAGGAGUACGUCGCCUACAGCCACACGGGCCGAAUCAUCCCGGCCAUCUGGUUCCGCUAUGACCUGAGCCCCAUCACGGUCAAGUACACAGAGAGACGGCAGCCACUGUACAGGUUCAUCACCACGAUCUGUGCCAUCAUUGGCGGGACCUUCACUGUUGCUGGCAUCCUGGACUCUUGCAUCUUCACGGCCUCGGAGGCCUGGAAGAAGAUCCAGCUGGGCAAGAUCCACUGACCGCCCAAGCUGUCCGCUCCUGGGCUCCGAGGACCAGCGGCCAGGGCCGACUCCUGGCCGAGGACCUGGCUGUGUCCCCUAAUUGGGGUUAAAGGGAAAUGGGUGGCUCCAAGCUCUGCAGCUACCUUUUUUCUUCAAGUUUCCUUUUAGGCAAAUGUCCCUGCCUGAGAAGUUGUGCCCUUUCUCCCUGGGGACUCCUAAGACAGGAGUCAGGCAUUGAAGAGAGAAGUCCCAGGGAGGUUGGAAAGCCCCCCACCUGCCACCUUCCUGCCCACCAACCCCAGUUCACUGCAGUCCUUCCCCUACCACGCCACGGAGAAACACCCAGAACCCCCACAGCCCCAUUGUCAGCCUGGCUUUGACAAUCGUACAGCCCCUCAACCCUUGGAAUGAGAGUGUACUUCCCCCACCGCCACCCCCAAAACACUCAUGGCUUGGUUUCUGCCUGGACUCUCAGCUCUGGGACUACACUGCCCAGAGGGACUCCCACUUGGCACUGCCUUCGGUGCCCUUGAGAUUUGACCCUGUCGAUGGAACCCGUGCUUCCUCUCCUGCCCAUCCAGAGCCCAGGUGGGUCUCACACUCAUCCCCACCCCUGUUCUCCUGAGAGCAGGUGCCACAAUAGAGACUCAGACUGCGUUUCCAGGUCCUAGGUGACCCCUUCUCGGUCCUCUUCCUCUGGCCACCACUGUGUCCCAGUGAUUUGUGCCCCAUCUGGCGCUAAUAGCUCUUGGUAGAGGGGCUGGUUCCUCCCUCUCAUCUUCCCCCAACACCCCGCCACACACACACACACACACACACACACACACACACACAGUUUUGCUGGGGUCUGCAGUGGCAGGGGAUAGGGGUGAUGGGACUUGGAGACCAGGUACUUGUCCAGGACACAGCAUCCUUCCCCUUAGCCCUGAAAUAAGCCACCAGUGAUCCCCAGCCCACACAUGGGUGAACCAAGCGGGCCAGCCCUCCUCCCUUCUUGGAGCUGCACCUCCCAGGCUCCCAGGGGCACAGAGCAUCGAGAUCCCCCUGCAGCCGUGGCUCACUUGACCUUGACUGGCCCAUGGCCCGACUUCAGUGUCUCCCCUGUGGCUCCUGAGUUGGGUCCUUGCCCCACUGCUCCCCCCCCCCAUCCUCUCCUUUUGUCCCAUAAGGGGGUGUGGGGGCGGGUAGUGAUUUAGGCAUGAAUUCCACACAAGGAAUUCUAGCCAGGCCCCAUGUCCCAAGGAAACAGCAGCCUGCCUGUUUUCCAUUUAUAUCAAGAUGGUUUGCAUACUUUUGUAAUGAAGGGGAGUGCCAGUGGAAGGACAUUUUUUUGUUGUUGUUAUUUUUUAAUUAUCUAUAAAGGUAGCUCAAGCCUUGACCAUUUGUAGUUUGGGACUCCAGAUUCCUGCUACAGGAGCUUCCCCUUGGACAGAGGAACUGACCGGUGCUGUGCGUAUAAACGGUCUUUGGCUAUUUCUGGUAUCCAGGGCCACUUGAAUGGAUUUCUGUUUCACAUUCUGUUCUCUGGUUACAGAAGGGAGCUCCCCCCACCCCACCCCAAACACACACACACACACCCGGGUAUGAGUGCGUGCCCUGUGGAGGGUGGGGUAGGUUAUGUGUGGCAUGCACAGGGGUCGGAAUCCCACUUGGAUGCAUAUAUUAAAAACAAAACCCUGAAGACAUAUUUUGGGAUGUCAGUCUCUUAUGCAAGAGGCACCUCUGACCUCUUGCAAACAAGAUCUCAAGGAAAAAAAAAUGUUUAGUGUUUCCCCUCCUUGUUGGAUUCAAAUAUGAGAUGAUUAAAAGUCUGAUUUUCUC